GCCAGCGCGACUCUCAACGACGAUGUGGUCGUUCUUUUCGCGUGAUCCGUCGAAGGACUUCAACUUCGAGAUCGGCGAGCAGGUGGGCGGAUUGCAGGAGAAGAGCGUCUGGACACUGCACAAGGGCAAGAAAAAGGGGAGCAAUGAAGAUGUCUCAGUGUUUGUGUUUGACAUUAAGACUGCCAGUGAGACACAACUGGAGGUUGCCAAGUCCGCUGUGAAAAGACUCAAAACUUUAAGGCAUCCAAGUGUACUCAUUUACUUAGAUAGCUUAGAAUCGGAUAAGGUUUUAUAUCUGGCCACAGAGUAUGUGGAACCACUAUCUCAGCAUAUUGAUAAGCUGAAGAUGGAAGGACCACAGAAGGAUCUUUAUAUUGCUUGGGGUAUCUUCCAAAUUACUCGUGCGUUAUCGUUUUUAAACAAUGACGGUAAUCUACGUCAUAAUAACGUCAACAUUUGGUCAGUAUUUGUAAACACAUCAGGGGAGUGGAAACUGGGAGGUGUGGAAUAUGUGGCAACUGCUCAAGACAACAAUGCCAUGCCCAUUAAGAUUAUUCCAACUUUAGAAAUCUAUAAUCCUCCUGAACGGAGUGAUAAUGGCAAAUUACGGCAGAUAACAAAAUGUUCAACUGAUAUGUGGGGUCUUGGUUGUUUAAUUUGGGAAGCAUUUAAUGGUCCAUUGCAUCAGCAAAGUUCACUGAAACAAUUAGACAAAAUUCCCAAGCAGUUGGGCCCAUUGUAUUGUGAAUUAGUGGGAGCCAAUCCUGCCUCCAGACCAAACCCUGCUGAUAUAAUCACACGGUGUCGCAAGUUGGGCGGAUAUUUCAAGAACGAUCUGGUCGACUCACUACUCUUUCUGGAGGAGAUUCAAAUCAAGGAUAAAAACGAAAAGAAUCGUUUCUUUUCAAAUCUCACUCCACACCUAGACAAUUUUCCUGACAAUGUGUGUAAGCACAAAAUACUUCCACAGCUCAUUACUGCGUUUGAAUUCGGUGAUGCUGGAUCAGCUGUUUUAGCGCCGAUGUUCAAACUCGGUAGAUUGUUAGAUGAAGCUGAAUAUCAAAAGAAAAUCGUUCCGUGUGUAGUGAAACUGUUCAGUAGCAACGACCGCGCGACACGUUCUCGCCUUCUGCAACAAUUGGAGCACUUUAUCGGACACCUUCAAGCCGGCACGGUAAAUGAUCAAAUUUUCCCGCAGAUUGCUCAUGGUUUUAUGGAUACCAAUCCGACUAUUCGCGAACAGACUGUCAAAUCUGUGAUACACCUUGCACCAAAACUGAAUUACAAUAAUCUAAACGUGGAAGUGCUGCGACACUUUGCGCGCCUGCAAGCCAAAGAUGAUCAGGGUGGAAUUCGCACCAACACGACGGUUUGCCUCGGAAAGGUCGCUCAGCACCUGCAUCCACAGAUCAGACAGAAGGUGCUGAUUUCGGCGUUUAUUCGGGCGAUGCGUGACCCUUUUCCACCGGCGCGAAACGCGGGCAUUUUGGCUCUGGCAGCCACGCAGCAGUAUUACUUGUUGGCAGAGGUGUCAGCCCGAAUUUUGCCUGCAUUGUGUCAAUUAACGAUGGACGGGGAGAAGAGUGUACGCGACUCAGCAUUCCGCACCAUCAAGGGCUUUCUCGGUAAACUGGAGAAAGUGUCGGAGGAUCCCAGUCUUCGCGAGAGCAUGGAGGCAGAUGUAAAUACUGCAACACCGAGCUUGAGCAAUGCUGCCGCGACGUGGGCAGGAUGGGCGGUAACGGCAGUUACAGCGAAAUUCUACCGCAGCCAGUCAGAUACGGUCAAGUCGAUGAAUCCGAUGGCUAGCCGCAUGCUCACCAAGCCGGCGUCGCUGGAACAGCCAUCCAGCAGCAGUAUAUCCACUACGACUUCGAGCGUCACGUCUAUGACUUCCCUCGAACACGAGGAUGCUAGCAGGGGCAACGAAUCUGUCUCAGACUAUGAUUAUGAUAAUUGGGGCGACAACGAGAACUGGGGUGACAUGGAGACUGGAGGUCAAAUGGCGAGCAGUAGUGGCAGUGGUGGUGGUGGUGGUACCAGCGACCCCAUAUCACCACCAUCGGGUUCCACCACUCAUAAGGUCACAGAUGGUUGGGAUAAUGAAGAAUGGGGCAGCUUGGAGGAAGAGCCAGAAGCUGAAGGUGAAGCUGAUUUAACAUCACCAUCGGAACCAUGGUCCCCUAGCGAUAACACGCACGACACCUCGCACAACUGGAGCUCGGAUGGCGUGAGCAAUCGCAAUAAGGCGAACCAGAAUGCAUGGGAGGACAGCGAAUUUGAACCGUUAGACGAUCAAGUCAUCAACCCCAAGCUAGAGGAAGCGAAAAAGAAGCGCGAGGAGCGGAAGCUCAUGCGCCAGAAGGAGCUGGAGGCAAGACGCGCUAGCAGGCCGGCUACGGGCGGCCCCAUGAAACUCGGUUCCAAGAAGUUUUAGGCUGCGGAAUUUUUUACCGAUUUUUGACUUUUUACCAGCGGCGAAGCGAUGAGCAUUAAAAUAAUUAAUUAAUUACGGUAACUACCAAAAAGGAAACAGAUAAAAAGCAUUCGUAAUCUCUGAUGCUGAAUAUUCGGUAAGCUUUUGUUUUUUCAUCUUGGCGAUUCUAUCUGAAAACUAUUUUUAAACUUCGAAGCGAGGCCUGUAAAAAAAGCAUAUUUGCCCAUGCAUGUAAAUGUAAAUAAGUGUAUAAUAAUUGUAUUUUAUUGCGCCAUAUUAUGAAUAAGUGUGAACCACUGUAAUCUAUUUUACAAUCUAAUUGAAUUGGGCAACAUUUAUUUUAAAAUGCCCUACUCCUUUUUAAGUUUUCUAGUGACUAUUAAAUCACAAUUCCACCGAAA